UAUAUAAAGACUUGCAUGGCACCUCAAUUACCUCACAACAAACCAUCAAGAGUUGUAGCAAAGCUUUCUUAUAUUCUUCACAACCUCGCAUUGCUUUCAUUGAUUAUCUUUUUCUUUUUCUUUGAAGUUGCAAUGGCAUCGGUGACUAGAUUGGCAUCUGAGAGGCCAGUGGUGAUCUUCAGCAGGAGCUCUUGCUGCAUGUGCCACACCAUCAAGACUUUGUUUAGUGAGUUUGGGGUGAACCCAGCGGUCUAUGAGCUGGAUGAGAUCCCGGCUGGACGGGAGAUUGAGCAGGCUCUUUCAAGGCUAGGAUGCAAUCCGACGGUCCCAGCCGUGUUCAUUGGUGGCGAACUGGUGGGUGGAGCCAAUCAAGUCAUGAGUCUUCAUCUUAAUCGGACCUUGAUCCCAAUGCUAAAGCGAGCUGGAGCAUUAUGGGUUUGAUAAUUAUUAUAUAUUAACCCAACGUGCACAUCGGCUACUAAUUAUUAUAAUAAUAAACAUCGGCUACUAAUUAUUAUAAUAAUAAACAUCGGGCACUAAUCCUACUGAGUCUUCUGUAUCUUGUACGUUAUAUUUCUGAUAAUAAAGUUGCAGAUUUUUCUGCUCUAUGCUGAA